UCUGACCAUUCUCUGUGAUUAAACCGGGACUGGGACAAGGACAGGGACAGCCAUGAGUGAAGACACUGAUGGACUGGCAGAGCUGGACUCUGAGCACAAUGCAGAGCUGGCCGACAUGGUGGCCGCCAUGAGCAUGGCAUCCAACCGGAUGACCACGCCCAACGGUCACCGAAGGCCCCCUGCACCAGCGCGCCGGAAGCUGUCAUUGUCAGACAGGAAGCUAUCAUUGCAGGAGCGAUCGACCCAGCCGCGAGAGGCCCGACAGCCCACCAUCGAGUCCAAGCGGGUGUCCAUUUCAGAUUCCCAGAAUUGUAUCCAGCUCAACCAAUACAAGUUGAAGGAUGAGCUUGGAAAGGGCUCGUAUGGGGUGGUGAGAUUAGCUUACAAUGAAGAUGAUGAACAAUACUAUGCAAUGAAAGUUUUUUCAAAAAAGAAGUUGAUGAAGAUGUGUGGAUUUCCUCGGCGUCCCCCUCCUCGAGGAGCCAGCACAGAACAGGGACUGCCACCCAAACCCCUGGGGCCACUGGAGAGAGUCUACCAGGAGAUCGCCAUCCUGAAGAAACUAGACCACCUUAACAUUGUCAAUUUGGUGGAGGUUCUCGAUGAUCCUGCUGAAGAUAAUCUCCACAUGGCCUUUGAGUUAAUGCCAAAAGGCCCAGUGAUGGAGGUGCCCUCAGACACUCCUUUCACAGAGGGACAAGCCCGCUUCUACUUCAGAGACAUCCUCCUGGGGAUUGAAUACUUGCACUACCAGAAGAUCAUCCACAGAGACAUCAAGCCUUCCAACCUGUUGCUGGGAGACAAUGGGCAUGUGAAGAUUGCAGACUUUGGUGUCAGUAACCAGUUUGAGGGGAGUGAUGCUCUCCUGUCCAGCUCAGCAGGGACUCCAGCCUUCAUGGCCCCCGAGAUGAUGACUGACCAUGAACAGAGCUUUACUGGCAAGGCCUUGGAUGUGUGGGCCAUGGGAAUCACCCUGUACUGCUUUGUCUAUGGGAAGUGCCCUUUCAUCGAUGAAUACAUCAUUGGCCUGCACAAUAAGAUCAGGAACAGGCCUGUGGAGUUCCCAGACAUGCCGGAAGUUUGCAAGGAGUUGAAGGAUCUUAUUGUAAGGAUGCUGGAUAAAAAUCCUUAUACAAGGAUCACCAUUCCUGAAAUCAAGGAGCACCCGUGGGUGACGGAGGAUGGCACUGACCUUCUACCCCUGGAGGAGGAACACUGCACCGUGGUGGAGGUCACUGAGGAGGAGGUCCAGAACUCUAUCAAACUCAUCCCCAGUAUGUCUGCUGUGAUCCUGGUGAAGUCCAUGCUGAGGAAGAGGUCCUUCAGUAACCCCUUUGUGUGUCAGAACAGGAGGGCAGAGAGGUCCAUGUCUGCUCCAGGAGGUUUCCUUGCAGACUCUUGGGGGAUUUUGGAAUCCAAGGUUCAUCCUUCGUUGAGGAAAUCAAGCAGAGUCGGAGAGUUGGAUGGAAGCGUAGAAGGAGAGUUGGAGGACCUUACUGAAGAUGAUGGUACAUUUGCAUAGGCCUGCUGGUAAACCUGCUCCCACACCAUUCUUUCUUUGUUUUUUUGUCUUUUCUGAUUGACCUGUUUAAAUGAAAGGACAGACCUGUUUAAAGAAAACUCUUUGCUGUAUCUUCACAUAAUAUGUAAUAUUAAUGUAAUCUAUUUGAAGAAAGAUCCAAAUGAAAGAGCUCACCCCGAUACAGUCUUUUAGAAAUAUUUGUGAUAAACCUUAUAUAUCAUAUAAUAAAAGUACAAACCAUGUGUUAUUUUUUUAAAAACUUUUGUCUUAUCCCAACUGCAUGAUGUUUGUGUCUGUUGUUAACAUAGGUUUCAUUGUCUAUUCAUGACUGUACUAUAGUACUCUUAAUAGUCUGAAUGCCUUUUGUACUGUUAGCUCUGUGUUUCUCCAAAUAUUACACCUAUGUGCUCAGCUGAAAUGUGGUUGUUACAAUCCAUUCUAAAGAAGUCAUUUUUGCAUGCUUUCAUACAGUUGAUGUUGCCGAUAAUUAAA